UGCUCCUUCACAUCUACCUUCACUUCGACAGUCCUGUGGGUAAUCAUGGCAGACGAGGAGGUGAUACCACGCAGGAGCCUUGAGUUUGCAGAGAGCUCAGUGCUGGAAGCUGUGGUGCCUGCAAGUACCGACAUCGACAUCAAGAGCGAGAUCGACUCUUGGGAUGGUGCAGCAGACGACAAUGGUUCCAUAUUGCCGUUCCUAGCACAACGAAAUGUGCUACUUCUCGAUGAACUCCUGGCCGUAUGUGUUGUUUUCCAAACGCCGCUGUUAGACGAAGCGACCUUGAAGUCGUACCUUGCAAGACUGGUGAUCAACGUUGAGGCUUUUGCAUUCAGUACGGUUCCCCCGUCUGAUCAGGAUCCAAAAGCUACGCCUCCCAAAGAAGUCAUCUUCUCAGGUACCGUUAAUCACACAGAUGAACCUACGGUUGUCAACCAUGGUGAAGGGGACAGUGCUCAUACUUAUGUCAUCUGGAAGGUGGAUGUCUUCAUAGCUCGUCCUCAGGGCAGAUUUCACAAGCCCGCAGUAUACUUCCAACCCACAGCAUCCUUUAAGCCAGAAGAAAAGCCUCAAAAAGACGCGUCGGAGGAUGACUACCUUCCAAGCGGCGUGCCAACACCAUUGAAUCUGCUGCAGUCAUUCGAGAAUGAUCCCGCUCUUGUUGGUGUCCACCCACGACUUUCAGCAAUGCGUAUCAGCAAGGUCACUCCGACUGCCCCUGCUGCAAAAGAAAUGGCUCGACCGAUCCGAAACGGACAAAGACUACUAUUUCGUGUGCUGCCGCCUUUGAUAUGGAGGAUACGUUAUUCGAGGAUUCAAACAUCAAUAAGCGACUUGUCUUUGAUGGCCUCUUUGGAUCUGGAAGUCGCCCAAUUCGCUACCUACGACGUCAGAAUCAAGAAGGUCAGCCUGGCUCUGCAUGGAGGCAAGGUUCAAGAGUUGAACGACGUGCUGGAUACCGCGACGAGCCACAAGCCUGGUGACCAGCUGACGUUUCUGUAUAAGAUUCGGCCUGAUAUCGGUACCGAUGGAACACCAGCACUCGGGAGCAAGGGUCAUUACUUGACGUUGAAUGUUGAGGCAAAUGUCACAAUGUCUGAUCAUUGCCAUCCAGAUAUUGCUAUCGAGUGGAAGACGCCCGUUGACUUUCCGUCAGAACAAGCGCUCAACCUGGCCAAGGCUAGUCACCGGCAGAGUAGCUCCACAACACAGAGCGCGAACGCAGUCAAUCCUGACGCUCUUGUCCCCCAAGAUGCACAAGAUCAACCGGAGCAGGACGCUUCAACCAACGACGUCAAUGUCACUCUGACAGUAUCUGGGCCGCCCAGUGUCAAGGUUGGCGAGAUCUUCACCUGGGAUGUGUUUAUAGUCAACCGAUCGGACAAAACGCGAAGGCUGGCAGUUCUGGUCAUCGCGAAAAGACCGAGAGACUCGGGGAAGCACAAAUCACAUCCAUCCGUCUCUUCUGUAGGCGGACCUCGAGCGGACAAGAAGGAGUUGUUUGGGACGGCGGUAGUUGACGAAAACGUCGUGUACGCUAAGCAAAAGAGUGCGAGGACCGAUACAGCGGACUUGAUCUGCUUGACAACCGACAUACGGCUCGGGCAACUCUCACCCGGCUCCUGCUACACAGCCGACCUCAAGUUUCUUGCGCUUUCUGCAGGAGUUUUGUUCGUGGAAUCGAUACGAGUCGUCGAUCUGGUCACCAACGAAGCUGUUGAUAUUCAUGAUUUACCAAGUAUCAUUGCUGUAGCCUCGUGAGCUCGCAACACCUCCUAUAGCUUAGACUAUCUUUAGUCAAUGAAGCGUGCAAUGCAGAUACUCCA